AGGGCCGCGUUGACGCAGGAAAGCAUUCAAAACUUGUUUGCCCUCGCUUUCGGCACGGCACAGCAGCCGCUGCGGCGUUCGGUCCGGUGGCGAGCAUUCGUCCGUCCGCUGCAUCUCCGCGCCAGUGAUGUUUUGGUUUCGGUGACAGACGCGCUCGGCGCCAGCACGCUCCUUCGGCCAUGGGAUUUUUACGAACGACGGCCAAUGUCUUCUUCUUCCUCCUAUCUUUCGUCACGUUCUUCAUGGGCGUCGUGGUGCUCGGCUACAUGCUCUGGAUCCUGGCCACCACGGAAAACCGGAGGUUCCUCGACGGCGUCCUGGUGUUCACCUACGUUCACUUGGGAGUCGGUGCAGCCUGGUUUCUGACAGGAAUGUGUGGCUGGAUCGGGUCUUACAAGAAGGGAGGCCUCGGAAUGAAACUGUUCCUGUUCCUCGCCGUUGUCAUGGUGGCGGCGGAGAUAGGCGGCAUCGUUGCACUGAGCAUACUCAAGAUAAAGAUGGUGGACAUCUUAAAGUCCGGCUGGAUAGAGGUGAACGACCCGACGAAAAACUUCAUCCAGGACAGGCUGGACUGCUGCGGCUUCAGCGGCCCGAAGGAGUUCGCCUCUACAAACAGCCACAUAGACGAGACCUGCUAUCGGUUAGUGGGCGAGACCGAGGACGUCUCCAUCAAGGAGAUUCGCCGGAUCAAACGGGCCGGCUGCAAAGAGAGGCUGGUGGACUUCUUCUACAAGCACAAGAUCGUUUGGAUAUCGUCGCUCGGCGUCGUCCUACUCCUACAGGUGACGGCCAUACUGCUGUCGGUGUACCUCAUCAACGCCAAGAAGAGAGAGAUGCGCGAGAACUCCUUCAGCUCGCUGACCCACCGGUCCUACACCACGGGCUACUGACAGCGGCCGUCGGCGCCGGAACCGGAAGUGCUCGUCUGGCUGUGAAUUGCGCAUGCGCGCCACGAGCGGAAGCCCAACAGCGCGUCGCCCGGACACGCGGUGGCCACGGAGGAGGGACGCCGGUCGACCCCCAAUUGGAGCCACGCACGACGGACCCCGCAGCAGUCCGACGCGCCGGCUGUGUCCCAGUGAACUUAUCGCGACAGGCUGGAAAAAGAAAAUGAGUCACACGUUUGAAAGCUGCUCGACACGAACGUUUCUAACUCACGAAAAUGAUGUCUAGCUUUUUUUUUUUCGCGUAGGCGCGCUAUGGUGAUAGAAUUUCACACCGUCGAUGAUUCCGGCGCUGAGGGCGUGUCAGUCAGCAGCUAUGUCACGAUGAUAGAUGGAUCAAAAUGCUCGCGAAUGCGGCGACUUCACGGGGGUUUCGUGUAACGCUACCUUACUAGCCAUCGUGAACAGAAGUGUUAUCUUUCGUACGAAAGCAGUGAGCAUGGGUGUCGACGAGACUACCCUGUCGACCUCUGCGUUGCAAUGACACCGUAUGCUGAUGGAGACUUCUUUAUGCGGGAGUCAUUUUCGAGGUGCCUCGGACUCCCCAAUGCUGUACGUUUGCCCGGCUUGUGUCCUAAGAGAGAGAGAACGUGCCCAAUGUGGAUGCUGUGGAGCGAAACGCUGGAUAAGCGUGUACUCCCCCCCCCACACACACAAAGCAGUAGAAUCACCAAUACUUCCUUUGCUAUCGGGGUGGAAAGUUAAGAAAUACUCUUCAAAGAAGUCUUGGGAUCACGCGCUAGGUUAACGGAAAGUUGGAGCCAUCGUUGAUGGAAAUGAGACCGACGGCACAGGUUGCAAGCAGUGUUGAACUAAGUUUUCUUUAGAUAAACGUUCAUUUGUUUGCUUUUGUACAUAAGCCACAUCACGUUGUCACGACCAUGUUUAGUUAUAUUGUAUACUUACUCAGGUGCAUGCAAGUUGAAAAGCGUAGUAAUUUCGUCACGUAACUCCUUCACUGGACACUGUCAUACUUUUUUCGCUACGUAAUUGCACAUUGCGGUCUGUUAUGCCGAAGCCUGAUGUUCAAGUGACGGUCACAAUGAUUUAUCGCCUAAAGGCUUGUUCCUGGUAGUUGUUUUUUUAUAAGCUUUUCUUUUGUAACGAGGGAUGUGUCAUUGCUUUUUCAGGAUCAGUUAGUACAAUUUACGAGCAUGUAGUGCUGCAGACUGAAUAUAUAGCAAGUUUGUUUUUCUAUAUCCAGUUGUAUCAAAUUUAGCCCGAUCUACGAUGAGCUGAAGACAUAAGACACAGCGCAUGAACGCUAUCGAAAGGAUCGCUUAUUCUGAAUGGGAAGGCAAACGUCGUUCACCUGUGUUAUCCGUUUAAGGAGAAUCACCUGAAUCAUCGCUUUUUGUACCACA